AAGCUGGUAAAACCGAAUCUCACAUGAACUUUGGGCCAUUGGGGUGAGAUUUCCCCUGAACAAUUUCAAUUUGCACUGACUGAAUGGAAAACGAAGACAACACGGCCAGAAUGUCUUCCUGCUGCAAUGAAACGCAUACAUAAUACUAAAACAGAAAAUAUUCAGAUAUUCAGUAUGUCCAUAUUUUCACUAAAAGCGUGCGUGCUUUCUUCAUACAGGACGACCGUUCCUCUACGCUUAACCCCUGUUUUACCUCGCGCUGGGCGCGCGCUCCCGCGCAGCUGUCAGCCACCGAGGCGCGUGCCCGCGCGCGCUGCGCUCCGUUUGAAGAUUACGCUGCGGGUCCUGGCCAUUUUGUAGCAGACAGAAUGAGGAGGUGAGAGAGCUGCGCUGUGGGGGGGAGAGACUGAUAACGCGGGACGUGUAGCGCUCAGAGAGUCUUGUGCAAAACACCGACCUGCAGCUCCACUCUGCAAAACCGUGGAUUACAACGAGGAAACGGCGCUAGAACCAUGAGCUGGGGGACAGAGCUAUGGGAUCAGUUUGAAAACUUGGAAAAGCACACGCAGUGGGGCAUUGAGUUCGUCGAGAAAUACACCAAAUUCGUGAAAGAGAGAUCGGAGAUUGAACUCAGCUAUGCAAAGCAAAUUAGGAAUCUUUCAAAAAAAUACCAGCCUAAAAAGAAUUCCAAAGAGGAAGAAGAAAACAAAUACUCAUCAUGUCGGGCCUUCCUGUUAACUCUGAAUGAGCUGAAUGACUACGCAGGACAGCAUGAGGUUAUAGCCGAAAAUCUCACUUCACAGAUCAUCGCUGACCUGACACGUUACAUUCAGGAGCUGAAGACAGAGAGGAAAUCGCACUUCCACGAUGGACGCAAAGCACAGCAACACAUUGAGAACUCCUGGAAACAACUGGAAUCGAGUAAACGGCGGUUCGAGAGGGACUGCAAGGAGGCAGACCGAGCACAACAGUACUUUGAGAAGAUGGACGCGGACAUCAAUGUGACCAAGGCAGAUGUGGAAAAGCGAUGUUCCCACAAGGCUCGGCAGCAGGCUCAGAUGAGACAUCAGAUGGCAGCAGACAGCAAGAAUGAGUACUCAGCCUACCUGCAGAAGUUCAACCAGGAGCAGAAUGAGCAUUACUACACCCACAUACCACAAAUCUUUCAGAGGAUCCAAGAGAUGGAGGAGCGGCGCAUUGAGAAGGUUGGCCAGUGUAUGAGGACCUUCGCUGAGGUUGACCGACAAGUGCUACCUAUUGUUGGGAAGUGUCUGGAUGGCAUGACCAAGGCAGCGGAGUCCAUUGAACCAAAAAGUGAUUCAAAGCAGGUUGUAGAAGCAUACAAGUCUGGGUUUGAACCUCCCGGAGAUGUGGAGUUUGAGGACUACGGGCAAGCGAUGAAGAGGACGGCAUCAGAGUCCAGCUUGUCCAACUCCCGGGGCGAUGCCAAAGUUGAGAAGUCCGGCAACAAGAGCAAAGGCAAACUGUGGCCUUUUAUGAAGAAAAACAAGCUUAUGUCCCUGUUAGCAUCUCCCCGCCAGCCGCCCCCACCCCCUCCCGCCUCCGCCUCACCCUCACCCUCUGCUAUUCCCAAUGGCCCCCAGUCUCCCAAGCAGCACAAGGAGCAUCUCUCACUCCGCCUCAACGAUUUCAUGACCUCCAAGCCCAAAAUGCACUGCUUCCGGAGCCUCAAGCGCGGGCUUUCUCUGAAGCUGAUUACUCUCAAUGCUCAGGUCCGGAACCUUAUUGAGGGUUCGGGAUCUGAAGAUUUCAGUCACCUGCCCCCUGAGCAAAGGAGGAAGAAACUGCAGGCCAAGAUUGAUGACCUCAGUAAGGACAUUGAGAAGGAGAUGGACAAAAAGGAUGCCCUCGUUAAAAUGAAGGACGUCUAUGUAAAAAACCCUAAUUUGGGAGAUCCUAACAGCGUAGACCAGCGACUUGCUGAAACCACCCAGAGCAUCGAGAAGCUCCAGCUGGAGGCACAGAAAUUUGAGGGAUGGCUGGCAGAGGUGGAAGGUAGAUUGCCGGUGAAGACCGAGCCACCUCAGAGACAGAGCGGUCUAUAUGAGACCCAGACCAACACACCCAGCACCAAUAACUGUGCUCAAGAUCGCGAGAGCAGCCCGGAUGGCAGUUACACCGAGGAGCAGAGUGCUGAGACUCAGGUCAAGGCUUCCACUACCGAGUUCGACGACGAAUUCGAUGUGGAGGAGGAGACGAUGCCUGCCAUUGGAACAUGCAAAGCACUGUAUCCGUUUGAAGGCCGCAACGAGGGCACCAUUUCUGUAAUGGAGGGGGAGCUGCUCUACGUGAUUGAGGAGGACAAGGGUGAUGGCUGGACACGUGUGCGUCGAAAUGAGGAGGAGGAGGGAUAUGUGCCCACAUCCUACGUCGAGGUUUUUUUGGACACAAAUGGCAAAGGUGCUAUGACAUACAUUUAACCGUAGAGAUGGGUGGGUGGGACUCCGCUGGGUCCAAACAGGGGGUGGGGGGAGGGGGUGUUUCUGCCUGCAAUGGGUGCCUUCUGAAACCUUACUCUGCAGAGCAGGACGUGUCUGCCUCCGCCUCCACUCCCCGUCCACCUUUUUCACUGGGAAUGAUCCCGAGACUGGAAAGACAUUUUCUUACAUACACUUACAUUGCCUCCUUCCCUGCUGUUUUUAUUCUUACAAAAAAUGUGUUAAUGGCAUGGGAUAAGGGUCAUAGCUGUGCUUGAUGAGAGAACAGGUGCUACAGAGGGGGCUGUUCGUGGUAGAGAAGGAACAAGGAACUCUACAGUUGAUGCUCUCCUGGAGAACGGCCUUUUGCUCUGCGUUUUGCUUGCUUUGUUUGCAUCCUCCAGUCAUGGCAGUAAGGGCUCAUGGGAGUGACUGGAGCAGGUUAGCAUGAAUGCUUAGAACACAGAGGAGCCUGAAAUUACUUCAUGUUCUCUUGACUCCUUUAGUGUUACAGCAAGUUAUGGAUUCUCAGUCACAUUUUUUUUAGUAUUUAUGGAACCAUUAAUCAACCAGGGAUAUGCCCCUUGUGAUAUAGAAUGAUUCUCUUUUAAUCCAAGGUUAUUUCUUCUUCUCAUUCGUUAUUUCUUCCCAUCCAAAAAAACGGUUUGUUUUCGAUAGUGAUUCUGUGGGUGGAAGGGAACAGCUCACCGAGUAAAUAUUUUAACGCCAAACGUAGAACUGGUGUGAUUUUCAAGUUGUGCUCCACGUAUGAGAACACACUGCUUAGUUUUCACUAAUGACAGUAUUGAUUGGGAUCAUAGUUACAGAUGGUCAGCAUCAAGCACUCAAAAACAAGAUUAGGCUGGCAGCAAAAGUGUGUUAUCGAUGUACAGUACAUGCAUUUUCAUUUACAAAUCAUCUAUAAAUAAUACAUCGUUAGAAGGUGGUGCCAUCACUAAACUGGACAAGUGGUUCAUUUGAUGCUUGUGAAAUGUCUCUACAUUCUUUUCUCAUGUCCUUGGAAAGCUUCAUGAUGUGUGAGAUCUGAACUUCUUGACACACAUUAACAGAAUGCAUGCCUGUUCGCGCACUUAUAAAUUAUGCAAUUUCUAAUUUGAAUUUCUGCUUUACGAAGAAUAAAAUUCUGCUUUUUUUUUUUUUGCAGCGGAAGGAAUUAUACCCUAUUAGCUUCUCUCUUUUCAAAUAAUGUAAAUGCUGUUGGUGUCUCUGCAUGCUAUGGGCAAUGUCCUGUUGUAUGACACAAUAUGUUGUGUCCAUUUCCAUUGACUUUUUAAUAAAACAUUUUAAAUCCUCAUUGGCACAGUAGCCAACGGACAAGCAUGUCGCUGAAGGACGAGAAGUUUCCGGUUUGACAGCAGCACAUGGAAGAGUUUGUCGAUAGGGACACACGGAUGUGAGAAUGUUACUGGCAGAGUCCGACUGUGCUCUGGUCGCUGUGCGAAUCCCCAGCAACACCCCCUUUCAACAGCGACCGUGUGUGUGGGAUUAUGUCAAACCAGUGAGCAAUUUCUUAGAAGAGUGGUGGUGUUUUGUGUGCUGUUGAACUUUCAAAAACCAUACACGCUUACCAUUCCCGUUUUGGGUUCUGAUAUAAGCCGUGACUUCUGAGAGGUUGAGGGCAGCAUCAAAACGACCCAUUCAGCCUUCGCUUUGAAGAAAAAUUUCCAUGGGAUGUCCUCCUUCUUUAGCUUGCACACCGCUGAUCGUUAAUUUUGGAAAUAGAGGGUAAAUUUUGCGCAAGUAAUUUUAAGUGAUAUGAACUCUGCCAUCAUCUCAUUACCCAUUUUCAGCACGCAAAUUGAGUGACAAGUUCCUGUUACUAGUUUGACGCGUCUUCCUUUGCAUAUAAUUGGUUUUGCACGAUUUGUGUUGAUACAAGCUAAAAUGUUUUCUGUAACACUUCUAGCUUGUCAGGCUGAGAGAAUAUAUUCAGAAAUGCACAAAGAUAGUGGGAGUAUAUUCUUGUUUCAAUAAGAUUUUGCAGCCGAAAUUCCUGUCAAUUCUCUAUUCCGCCUCAUCGACAAGUCCUGCAACUGGUGUUGCCAUGUAUACAAGCAUUUCCUGAAAAAAAGGAAUGUGAAGGAAAUUUAUUUUAACCUUGGCUAAGUUUGUGCAUCCUCUCUAACAUGUUUUUGUUUUCUCCAUUUGUUUUUAUUUUAUUUUUUGAAUUGCAGAUUCCUAAAAGUGUGGUGAUGGCAAAAGGAAUGGCAGGGCAAGUUGCUUCGGAGGGAAACAAUCCAUCUUCUUUGUAAACCGUCCUUAGGCAGACACGUGGCUGAAUGCAAACGGGCGAGAUGUUAUGACACAUUCCAAUUUUCAACUUGAUGCAGAAAUCCAUUGAAUGUUGCAUCUGCAGUUGUACUUGGGAGGAACAAAACAAAUAGUAACCAGACUAAAUUUAGGACCAUUCCUUUAUGUAUCUAUUCACUUAUAUUGUCUCUGCAAAGCUUGCUUUUUGGUGUACUAACUUGGCUUCCCUUCUUGUAUGUGGCGGCUAAUGGUUCACCUUCCAAAGGCCUGCCCCAACCCCCCACAAAGCACAACUUGUUGUGGUCAGAGCCAGGACCUGGAGCACACAGAUCUUCCACAGGGGGUGGAACUGCAGACGAUCCCACUGGCCUUAUGGACUGUCGGUCUUCCUAGGCCAGGUUUGGUCAUGGGAGUCAAUGCUGCAUUAGUCCCAGUGCAAAGCACAAAAGAAGGAGCCUUUACUCAAGGCAGAGAUUUAGCUCUACAGUUAUAGUUGUUUGUCAACAAAGGCUAUAUUUGUUAGGGUUUUUUCCUAUUCACUCAUUGCAGUUCAGCAGGUAGCUUUGCGGUCAGAUUCGUUGCCUUCGCUCAAAAGACCCAGGUUCAGACAGGUCUUUGGAUGCAAUACCCAAUUGAUCAAGUCAAAAUUGCCCAGCUAUAAAAAUGGGUAAAUACAUUGGAAAAAGCAUCAGUUGACUGAAUAAAUAAUAGUAACUAUGAAGUAGUGUUAAUAGUUGUUAAUGAAGUAGCUACUAUAUGCUACUAUAAUACUAAUUGCCACUGUAAAUUAGGAUAAUGUCAGUUGUCAGCUGCAAAGCAGUUGAGAAAAUGUUUAUGUUGAAUAAUGAUUAUUUAUCUGAGUGUAGCGAAUGUGUUAGGCACACAGAGGGCAGAGCGAGUACAGUCUGCCUGCACUUCCACUCCCUGUGACAGCUCCUCUCUCUGAGCCCAAGUCCCUCCGCCUGCUGCAGCUACCGGCCCCCGCAAGAGCUGGUCCCUCACAACUCGCUGCUCUGCGACACUUGGGCUCCUGAGCCGCUGCUGUGUCUCCAAGCAUGCACACUCCCAGCCCCAACCGCACGCCCCGUCUCCUUGCCUCUGCCAAUCCUAGAAAGGGGUCUGCCCUGCCGUUUCAGUUAAACGCAUUGCCUGUAAAGUUCUUGUUUCGUUUGCGGCGGUUUGUUUUGUGCCUGCAGUUCACCGUCAUCGCGUGUUUUUUUUUUUUUUUUGUCCUGUCUUGUGUUGCUUCUGGCAUGACCACUUACAUCCGAACCUUGAAUUCUGUUCAAGUAUCACACUCCAGGUAUCAACAUUUUUCACCAGGGGACAGAAAAAGAUUACGGAUCCCAAGACAUUUAAAUCUGGUAGACAUGUAUUAACAUUGAAGGUCGAUUUUAUUAUAUGUAUUUAUUGGUAAUUACUGCUGCAUUGUUGAGCGGUGUUGCAGAGCGUGGCUUUGUUGACUCAUUUUCUGGAUUUAGUCUUUGGUCUACGGUGUAAAGUCCUCCAUGUCGAUCCAGUAAUGACUGAGACACAAUCAUAAAUCUCUUCUUAUUUAUCUAUAGUUGGACUUCAUUUCACUAUCAUCUACAUACAUGUCUUUUGCCUCAAGUUGUCAAUGAAUAUGAAGUGGCUAAAUUGGACAUUACUGGAUUGUUGGAACUAAUUUUAUUGGGCACAGUCUAAAAUCUGUAAUAUGUUUGAUUAACAAGAUGGGGGUUCAGCUUUUUUAAUUAUUUUAAAUAGAUUUUUUUUUCUGUGCAUGGAUGGGACAGUACAUUAUUGUCAGUCCACACUAUCCACAUUUAAUGUGUUCUGCUGUUUAUGGCACAUAAUGAUUAACUUUUUUAUAAUAAUUUUACCUUCUUGCUGGGUUGAAAAGAAAAAAAAAGUUUUUAAUCGCUGAGUUUUUACCAGAAUCAUCAUUUGCAAAUACCACCAGGUGUAAUAAAGAAAACUGAACGGAAUUUGUUCCAUGACAUUUCAGAAUAGAAUAAGGGCUGUUCAGUAGAAAGUGCAAAGUCUGAAACAGUUACCAAAUACCACCUUGAACGUUUGUCCGUUAUGUGUGAUGCGUUUUUAUAUUUUUUGAAAAAUUUCAUAGUGCUGAACAAUUAACAGGUUACCGAGUGAUCAGUACAAAUUAGCUUAAAAUAAAAGUUUUUUCAGUGUAUCUCUUUGGACAACAACUGAUUAUUCCAAACUAAUGGGCUCAUCUAGGUGUCACUGGUUGUUUUUCAAAGCCAAAGAUAACUAGAGGGCAAUGCAAUGUGUCAUUUGUAAAGUGAGGCCAAAACACUUGCAAUUUUGUCCAGAUAUCUGCCGUGCUUCUGGGAGGAAACAGUGGAGUUGCACCACUGCAAAGAGAUAAGGCUUCACUGCAUUUUGGCCUUCUGAGCUCAGACAAGUAUCAUCUUUUUACAUUCCCAACAGGAAGCCUUCAAGAAUGCACUGGUGUAGUUUCCUUUUAUCCAGACUUGUCCAGAAAUGGCUCAUCAAAAAUACAUAUUUAAUUACAAAAAAUUGACCUGUUAUAUUUUUAAACUUUUUCUGCUUUCCUAAGUAAUAUUUGGUUUUGUUUUGUAAAGUCUGCUAUUUUUUGUUUGUUACAUUUGGUAUGCUUGUUUCUGAGCACUGAAAACUUUGCAUUGUGUUAAAUGUGCCAAUUAAAACAGUACUGGGGAAA